GGCGUACGCCCAUAUCGAGCUUAAAACGCACCGCGAAAAAAUUUGUCGAGAGCGACGCGGCCUCCUCUCUUUUACCGAUCGUCAUCCCUUAUCGUGCCUCGAGGGGGGUAAACAAGCCGCCGUCGGAAGGAGAGGCACUCGCCAAGAAAGUGUUCUCACAUUUGACUGUUUGCCAAGCGGUCAUCAACGUCUAGCGAGUACUCUCCGACAGAUCACUUCGAAGAACGUAGGCGGGACGGUGCUGCAGUUUCGCACGAGACACGCUUCGGCGGCCAGGAAAUGAACAAGGGCAAAGUCGGCAUUAUCGGCAGCGGCCUAAUCGGCCGAAGCUGGGCAAUGCUAUUCGCCGGCGCUGGUUACACCGUGGACCUCUUCGAUAUAGACGACAAGAAAGUGGACGAGGCACUCUGCGACAUCGAGGCACAGCUCGUUAACCUCGAAAAGAAGGGCCUGCUACGCGGAACCCUUACCUCGAAGCAGCAGCACCAGCUAAUCAGGAAGUGCUCUACCCUGGGCGAGUGCGUUAAAGGCGCCAUUCAUGUUCAGGAAUGUGUCUUCGAAAAUGUAGAACUCAAACAAAAGGUUUUUCUGGAAAUGGACAAGCUAGUGGACGACCACACUGUGCUUUGCAGCUCAACGAGUUGCUUUCCUCCAUCAGCAUUCACCAAAGAGAUGAAGCACAGGAGCCAAGCCAUUGUUGGCCAUCCGGUGAAUCCCCCUUACUAUGUCCCACUGGUGGAAAUAGUGCCGGCUCCCUGGACCAGCCCCGACGUUGCCAUCAGGACUCGUGCCCUGAUGAAGGAGAUCGGCCAGAAGCCAGUGCUACUGAAGAAAGAAGUGGAAGGCUUCGUGCUCAACCGCAUUCAAUAUGCUAUUCUAAAUGAAUGCUGGAGACUCAUUCAGGAUGGUGUGGUUGACACGGCUGAUAUGGACACCGUGAUGUCAGAAGGACUUGGCAUGCGCUAUGCAUUCCUUGGACCCCUGGAGACUGCACACCUUAAUGCUGCGGGGAUGCUGGAGUAUGCCGAGAAGUAUGCAAAGGGCAUCGUGAAAGUGUCCAAGACCUUCGGCCCACUGCCUACCUAUGAUGGCCCAACACUCGCCAAAGUCAAUGCAGAGCUACUGGAGAAAGUGCCCCUCAAGGACCUCCAUAAGAGGCGGCAGUGGAGGGACACAAAGCUGGCUGAACUUGCUAAACUCAAGAAGCAGCCCUAAGCACGCUUAUAGCCCUUCGGUUCCUUCGUGCAAUAGGAAACGUGGUCUGAAAGUGCACCACGUUGAAUAGUUCAAAGAUAUAAUAAACCAAAUAUUUCUCAAC